GCGUGGGACAUAUCUAUAAGUAAUACCUCCACAUUCCUACACCGUCCAUCUCAGUGAUUAAUGCUUCUAUAAUUUCCCUUUUACAAUAGAUAGCUAUAAUACAAUUUGAAUGACGGAAGAGCAGAAGGUUCGUCGACCUUUUGGCGAGCGGAUGCUGCCAAAUCAAGAUGUUAAUAACAAACACCCGAAGGAGCAUAGGAUGCAUAUCAAUGUGACUCAAGGUGACACAAAGGACUAUGUGAAGUCAUUAGAAAGGCAUUUGUUUGAAGCAAAACAUCAACUUGAGAGGGCUAAAGCGAAGAUAGAAAGGAGGGAUGAAACCAUCAAGAAAUUGUCUCGAACUCAACAGCCGUCCACACAUUCCAAAGCUGGUGACCUUGAGAGAAAGUUGGAGGACAUGACGGAUCAAUAUUCAGCUUUGAAAAUUAAGUAUCAGGACCAAAUUGAGAAUCUGAAGCUGCAAAACGUGAAAUUGCAAGAAAAGCUUGACAUACUUCAAUCAUCGCAUCUAUCAUCACAGAACGAACUCGAUUCGCUCCGUAAACGACAUACUCAGACACUCGUCGACUUCGACGCCCUUCGAAUGCUGUUAUCGCUCGAGGAAACCAAAGCUGCUGAUCAGAAAGACCACGAUCGAGCGUUUGAAAGAGAACGCAUAAAAUGGGAGGGAGAGAGGUCCAGGAUGGAAAGGAGGAUAGAAGAGCUUAAAGAAAGUAAAGAAAGGUCUGACAAGAAGCGAGAAGAGCUGAAGCUGGAAGUGGGCGAAUUGAAAGACCAUGCGAAUUUAUCUUUAAAGCAAAUCAAGGCCCUCAAGGAGGAGGUUAAGCAAAUGAAGGCGGCCAAUGACAGCCUUGAAGAAACGAUUGAAGCUUGUACUGUUGCAUAUUGUGCUCUUCAUCGAAACACAGUCCGUGUUGAGGAGUACCGGAUGUUGGAACAAUCCUAUCUGGAGAUGAAAUCAGAGCUGUGGAGAUGGAAGUUGAAGAAUGAGACGGACAUUUUGGACCUUGAGAAGAAAAGAACGGAAGCGAGAGACCUUCAAGAGCGAUUGAAAGCUGCAGAGAAUGAAAGAAGGGUUUUGAAGGAAAUCGUAAAGGGCAUCAAAGAUGAUCAACAGGCUCUGCGGAACGAGGUAACGAAGUUCGCCUUAUCUAUUGGCACUAGGGACCUUUUGGAAUUUAUAACCGAUCCCUUUGAGGUUACGCGGACCUCACAGGACGUUCUCGAUGCUACACUCAACCACAUUAAUUUAUCCUCGUCUUAUUACAUUCAACAAAUCGAAACCCUCAAUUCUGUUAACGACUCGCUCACCUCCAAACUUUCAACAACCAUUUCCAGCCUCUCUACCUGCCAGUCUACCCUUGCGCACCUUCGACGAGAGCACAAUGACCUCGAAACCCGGCAUGCCGCUUUGGAGAAAGCACAUGAGCCUUGCAAUGGUGUGAGAGAAGAACUGCUCGCCACCGAAAAAGAAUGUAUGUUCAGGGAGCAAAAGAUUGAAGGCCUAGAAGAAGACUUGCAAAGAAUGGAAAUAAAGGCUAGAGAUGAUGCAGAGAAAGUAAAGAGAGCGAAUGAGCUGGUGACUAGGGCCAAGUCUGCUGAACAAGCGCUCGAUGAAGAAAUACAACAUCUUCGCGAAGCUUAUAUUGAAGCGUCUCAAUAUCAAGAACUGUACAAUGAUCUUCAAGAACAGCACGAGAUGGUCUUAGCGAGAGAAGCAGCAGCAAUCGAAGAAGCUGAGAGGUUGGUAGCGCACAAUGCACAGCUGGUUGGGCAUUCCAAUGAAGUACAAAAGAUCAGCUACGUGGAGGGCGUAAGAAGGGAGAUGACGCUGGUCAAGCAGGAACUGGCGACCACGAGGCACCUACUCAACAAUGCCAAUGACAAAGUUCAAACUCUCGAAAACGAGAUUGCGGCAUACAAAUCUGUCGAUGCCGGUCUGGACGGCCUGGGUCUGGGGAUAUCAACAAGAACAAGAGUGGUAAGAAGGCAGCCGGAAGGCGGGCGAUUGACCGCCUCGAAAGCCGGACGGAGCAUCUCGCGUCCUAGUGGAAGACAUUGAAUUUUAUAAUGUGGGGUGCUAAUCGAAACUGCUUGGGGUACUGAAUUGUUGCUGCGAAUGUAUUGAUAUUAGAA